AUGGAAACUGAAUCACUUAUGAGGGGUGACAAACUCAUUCUGAGGGGAUUAAUGUUCCAUGGUUUUCAUGGUGUGAAUCCAGAAGAAAGAACACUUGGUCAGAAAUUCUUGGUAGAUAUAGAUGCUUGGAUGGAUCUUAGAGCUGCUGGUAAAUCUGAUAACUUGUCAGAUUCAGUUAAAAUCAGAACAAGAAUUGCUAAAUCCAUAAAGGAAGUUAUUGAAGGGCCACCUCACAACCUUCUGGAAUCAGUGGCUCAAAAGAUUGCAAGCACAACUCUAACCAAUCACCAUCAGAUAUCUGCUGUUAGGGUUCUAGUUGGAAAACCCCAUGUUGCAGUUAUGGGUCCAGUUGAUUACUUAGGAGUUGAGGUUCAUAGGUUCAGAAGUGAUGUAUCUAACUAG